GAUAACUGGAAGAGAUAAUUGGCAUAACAUUUUCAGAGGUGAUCUCACCUUCUUUGCAGUGAGUUGGAAGUAGACUAAAGCACAACACCAUUUCCAAGAUGUAUAGUGAGGAAUGCAGACAGACAUGGAGAACGUUUAACAAAAACUACUCCGAGAAAUGUUGCAUGCAAAGCAAUACGGACUUGAAGAGGUGACGCCAAGGAGUAGAUCUACGUUGAUCUGCUGUGUAUUUUCCUCGCGUGCUGCUGACUUUAUGGCACGCGCUCACGUUUUGCGCGGGACUUUGAUAUCGUUUGUUGGCCUUAAAUGCAGGCUGGAUUGGAAACCGGCUGGCUAACGUUAGCCUAUUAAAAUAUGUUUUUAUUGUAGGGCCGUUCUGGUAUUGGCUAGGAUACCAGGCAAUAGUUUUAUUUCAAGACUAUUAUUAAUUGAUUAAAGGUCACGUUCUACAUUAGUAUUCGUAUUUCAGCUGCUCUUCCCUCCCAGGGUAACAAUGUGGCACCUAGCAGACAGAGUUGUUAAUAAUGCUGGGCAUUUUACUCCGGUAGAACAACCAGAGGUAGAAGAUGGUGAUCAGUUCCUCUCAUUUGCCAAGAGGUCCAAGGUUGUGCAGCGUCAGUGUUCAGAGAUGGAGACUGAGCCUAGCCCUCCCCCACAGUCUAGCUCCUUGUCUCAGAGUAGAGACAAUUUCUGGCACAGGAUUCUAUGUCAGCCAAGUGAAGUGUCUCCUGAGCCCACCCCAUCCUACGGCCCAUUUCAGAUGCAGAUGUUCUCAAAUAAACCUGAAGGACUAGUUGGCGUGGACAUGGCAGGAUCACCUCCAGCAGGACAGAGAGUUAAAAAAGGGGGAAGGCUGGGUCUAGGAAAGCUACCUUCUCCAGUGGAACUGAUGGGCCGGAAGAAGAAGGGGAGGACAGGGGGUGCAGCACAGAGCAGCCAGGUGGUGCAACCCAGGGUGGCAGCAGUGCUGCAGCACGUUGGGGACCUCCGCAGGAGACAGAGCUCUAUUGACCAGUUGAAGCAGGGGAGUUGGUGGGGCUCCAAACCCAGGUGUAAGGCAGAAAAGGGCCGUUCCCAGAGGCAAGCAGAGGACAGCAGCAUGACUAUCAGCACCACAGUGGAGAAGCAGGAUGAAGCUACGGACUACCUCAGUCCAACCCUCACUCGUCCUUACACCCAGAAGGAGGCAUGGACUCAACUCUCACUGACUGAUAUUAUAUUUAAGAGUAACUGGAAUAGAGGAAGCAAAUGUGGAUAUCCCUUAUUCGACUGUGAUGUCUUUGCAGGGUCUGUUUGGAGGAUUUGAACAAGCAUCCCAUCUUGCUCCUGGAGGAAAUCCGAUGCUGUCAUUUGUCCUGGCAACUGCUGAUAGACAAGCCAAGGGGGGUUGGCAAGGCCCUCGUCUGUCCCACAAUGAAUUUUGGGGUAUUGGGCACACUCCAGAGGAAUAAUUGAAUUUUUGUUACAUUUCUCCAAAGCACUUGUAGAGUUCACAUUGUAUAAGGGCUCAUAGUUUGUAUUGAUCAGAUUCAGAGUUUAAGGGAUAUGUUUUGCAAUGUUACAAUUACUUUGUUCAGAUUUUACUGCUUAAAAAUGAUGUACAACAUUUGGUCAGUUAAUUUUAUACUGGAUAGCCAAGCAAUGAAAAAAAGUAAAUAAAUACAUAACAUUGCAUUCCAGUGUGACUAGUAUGGUCUUGAACUGGGGAGCGUUUUAUGAAGAAAUGAAUUGGAGGAAAAAAAGGGUUUGACUUGGCUGCUCACCCUGCUCCUGUUUUGACAGACAGAGCCAAUCCCUCUCCUCUGAGAAGUUCCCGAAGGGCUGACGAGGCGGUCUUUGAGGUAGUGGAGUGCGAAACUGGUGGCAUCAGCCUUCAACUGAGUCCAUCUCUCAAAGGACCCUUUGACCUGUUCUGUCAUAGCCAGACAAGCACAUAGGCCUGACUAGAAGUACAUGUAUUCAUGUUUGGCUAUCAAGUACUCCUUUUCCCUCAAGAGCCAAGCAUAUAUACAUUCAUUAAUUAUAAUGUAGUCUAUAGUGCUUCAAACCUACUGAACUGUAUUCCCUUUUCAUUCAGUUAUUACAAUCAGUUAUUUUUAUGAACCACUUGCCUGUCUUGGUCACUGCCUUUCUUAAAACAAAUUGUAGUACAAACAUUUAAUAAAGACAUGAACUUUAGCUUCAGACUUCUGUAGGCCUACUGUAGCCUAUCACUUUGUUUUCACACGUCCUCCAGGUCUUCAUAACAGUUUUGUAAUCCGAGACUGCAUGAGUCAUCGUUUUCCAAAUGAUGGGAUGAUGACAUGAAGAAAGUGAAAGUGCACAUUGUAACGGGAUCAUUUACGGCCCUGACAAAGCCUUCAUUGAAAAAGGACGCCAUCCCCUCGUCCUCGUAACAGUUGGUAUCGCCUGUGUGACAUAAUGACAAACCGUUAUACAGUACAUUUUCAUGGCUCAUAUCUGCUGUACGCUGUGUCGCUGUUCUUGGCCUGCUUGAUGGUCCUGCAGUCCAACCGGGUCAGAGAGAUGCAGGUCGAACUGCGGGAGCUGCGUCAGUGGACCAAUCUGAUGUGCGGGGACAUAAAGGAAUCGUCUACUGAUAUCUCGCGCUGCGGGAUAUCUGACUCUCACAGACAUACACAAUGGAAUGGAAUUCGAGGAAAGAGGGAGAUUUCAAGACAUGGGAGACGGAGACAGCGGCGCACUGCAGGGAGUAGUGCCUUUCUUCAUCUUGUUCCUCUGUCAUCACACUCAUAUGAUGAAGAUGACUACUCUCUGGUAGAAUGGGCUCUAGGACUGAGUCGUCUAGGGGAGGGGCUGCAGGUCUUUGGAGAAAAGGUCACCGUGGUAACCGAAGGGACUUACUUCAUCUACAGUCAGGUGCUGUAUAAAGACACCACAUGGACUAUGGGUCAUGUGAUCAAGAAGCGUCUACAUGGUAUUGAGACCAUCUUGAUGAAGUGCAUACAGAGUAUGCCCAGCAACAUCACUGUGGCCCAAAACACCUGCUACACAGCCGGUGUCCAUUACCUGGAGCCAGGAUCCACUCUGGAACUCUCCAUUCCCAGGAAAUCUGCUGGGCUUGUCCUCAAGCCUCACUCCACCUUCCUUGGCAUGUUCAGGAUCUGACACUGAGUGACGAUCUAACACAAAACCAUGUCUCUCCAGAACCCUACAAUCACUGCCUAUAAUAACCCGACAUGCUGACCUACUGCAUUGUGUUGCCUGAUAUUUAAUAAACUCUUAUCAAUAUCAAAAGUUUUGCAAGUACUACUCAGCCAGUGUUUUCCUUUCAGCACUCAUAUUGUGGUAGCCUGAUACAGAACAGUUACCAAAUAUCACAAAAUGUAGCCUAUUUUAGCAUCGGAAAGUGCACAGAUGUAAUGUUUGAAUUCCAUGAUUGAAAAUACAUAGGAUAUUAAUCAAGCAAAAUAGUGCAGUAGUAUAGUGACCCAAUAUCAAAUUUCAAGUUUUAAUGAUACGUACACAAGACCAGUGAAAUGUCUUUCUUGCUAGCUCUAAACAGUACAGUGAAAUGUCUUUCUUGCUAGCUCUAAACAGUACAGUGAAAUGUCUUUCUUGCUAGCUCUAAACAGUACAGUGAGUGGUGACCCAAUAUGAGUACUGUUGAGUAUACAGCAUCAUUGUGAAUUUCCCUCUGCUAAAUUAAACUUUCUCAGUUUGCCAUCCUUGUCUAUUGAAGACUGAUGUAUAAUCCAACAGGGACCUCUUGUGGUCAAUGCAGUGCGUUCAAAAUGUAUUCAGACCCCUUGACUAUUUCCACAUUUUGUUACGUUAAAGCCUUAUUCUAAAAUUGAUUAAAUUGUUUGUUUUUUUAAUCAUCCAUCUACAUACAAUACCCCAUAAUGACAAAGUAAAAACAGGUUUGUAGACAUUUUUGCAAAUGUAUUCAAAAUAAAAAACGGAAAUAUUAUUUACACUUACAUAAGUAUUCAGACCCUUUACUCAGUACUUUGUUGAAGCACCUUUGGUAGCGAUUACAGCCUUGAGUCUUCUUGGGUAUGACGCUACAAGUUUGGCACACCUGUAUUUGGGGAGUUUAUCCCAUUCUUCUCUGCGGAUCCUCUCAAGCUCUGUCGGGUUGGAUGGGGAGUGUCACUGCCACAGCUAUUUUCAGUUCUCUCCAGAAAUGUUUGAUUGGGUUCAAGUCCGGGCUCUGGCUGGGUACCUCAAGGACAUUCAGAGACUUGUCCCGAAGCCACUCCUGUAUUGUCUUGGUUGUGUGCUUAGGGUCGUUGUCCUGUUGGAAUGUGAACCUUGGCCCCAGUCUGAGGUCCUGAGUGCUCUGGAGCAGGUUUUCAUCAAUCAAGGAUCUCUCUGUACUUUGCUCCGUUCAUCUUUCCCUUGAUCCUAACAAAGGGUAUAUAACAAAGUAUUGAGAUAAACUUUUGUUAUUGACCAAAUACUUAUUUUCCACCAUAAUUUGCAAAUAAAUUCA